GGCGGCGGCGGCGGGUGGCGCGCGCCGGACUCUGGGAAAGGCCCCGGCGAGCGCCCCGGGUGCGGCCGCUCCCUCACGCCGCGAGACCCCGGCCGGGCCGGGUCGGCGUCCGGCCUCCUCUCCCCUUCCUCCCCCGGCGGGGCCCGGCCGCGGCCGAGGAGCGGCGGCUCGGAUUCAAGAUGACCAACGAAGAACCUCUUCCUAAAAAGGUUCGUCUGAGUGAAACAGACUUCAAAGUUAUGGCACGAGAUGAGUUAAUCCUAAGAUGGAAACAGUAUGAAGCAUAUGUCCAAGCUUUGGAGGGCAAGUACACAGAUCUUAACUCAAAUGAUGUAACUGGCUUAAGGGAGUCUGAAGAAAAACUAAAGCAGCAACAGCAGGAGUCUGCACGAAGAGAAAACAUCCUUGUAAUGCGACUAGCAACCAAGGAACAAGAGAUGCAAGAGUGUACUACUCAAAUCCAGUACCUCAAGCAAGUCCAACAGCCGAGUGUUGCCCAACUGAGAUCUACAAUGGUCGACCCAGCGAUCAACUUGUUUUUCCUCAAAAUGAAAGGUGAACUGGAACAGACUAAAGACAAACUGGAACAAGCCCAAAAUGAACUGAGUGCCUGGAAGUUUACGCCUGAUAGCCAAACAGGCAAAAAGUUAAUGGCGAAGUGUCGAAUGCUUAUCCAGGAGAACCAAGAGCUUGGAAGGCAGCUGUCCCAGGGCCGCAUUGCACAGCUUGAAGCAGAGUUGGCGUUACAGAAGAAAUAUAGUGAGGAGCUUAAAAGCAGUCAGGAUGAACUGAACGACUUCAUCAUUCAACUUGAUGAAGAAGUAGAGGGUAUGCAGAGCACCAUUCUAGUUCUGCAGCAGCAGCUGAAGGAGACGCGCCAGCAGUUAGCUCAGUACCAGCAGCAGCAGUCGCAAGCAGCAGCUCCCAGCACCAGCAGGACUACAUCGUCUGAACCUGCCGAGCAGGCGGAGACCACCAGUAAAGACUGCAGCCGACUGGCAAAUGGACCAAGUAACGGCAGCAGCUCCUCCCGCCAGAGGACGUCUGGGUCUGGAUUUCCCAGGGAGGGGAGCACAGCUGAGGAUGGCUUUCCUUCUUCUCCCGGGAAUGGGAAUAAGGCCACCAGCAGCUCAGAGGAGAGAACUGGCAGAGGUAGUAGCUUGGUAAACCAACUCAGUGCUGGGUAUGAAAGUGUAGACUCUCCCACGGGCAGUGAAAACUCUCUCACACACCACUCCAAUGAUACAGACUCCAAUCCUGACCCGCGAGAGGAGAGAGCCGUGAGCGGGAAAGGCAACCGAACUGUGGGUUCCCGCCAUGCUCAGAAUGGCUUGGACUCAAGUGUAAAUGUGCAGGGCUCAGUUUUGUAAUAUUUUUUCCAGCAAAUUUUUAUACAGUGUCAUUUAAUUUGGGAGAGGAUACUGUCCAGAAAAAUCAAUGCAUACUUUUGUCACAAUUUGCCUUUUUGUGGGUGUGUUUUCGUUUUGUUCUUUUUAUUUUUGCUUCAAUACCUCUGCCACUUUGAACAUUGUAAUAGUUAAUUCCUUUGAAUGUUGCUAAAAGGACAUUUUGUGUAGGGUCAAGUUAUUUUUAUAUGAGUUAAUGUGAAGUUGUAAAUGGGAAUCUUUAAGUAUAACACAAUGAUGUCUGUAUAUAUCUGUGCUUUGUAAGGCAUUCUUAUUCUUCCUCGUGCUGUUAAAUACUUACGCACCAUCCAGACUUGUUAGAGUAGAUGUGAUUUAGGACUGCCAAGUUUGCCCAGUACAGUAGUUUUUUUAUCACUAAAAAUUGGACUUGUUGAUGGAGUCCUACAGUAGUUUCAGUGUUAGAUACAGUUUUUUUCCAUCAUACAUCUGUGCAUUUAUCUUUAGAUGACUGAAUGUUUAAGAAGUCUGUGUGCAGAGUUACUCAGUUUUUAAUGAACUGUUGUAUCCUGUUAGUGCAUAUUGCUGUGACUCCAGUAUAUCUUACCUGUACUGACCAAACCUAAAUAAAGAUUUUUAUUGUAACUCCUUCA